AUGCAAAUAUCUAAGCUUCAAGAUGAUCUCCAAAUGGAAAGAAAAAUAAUGGACGCUCUUGCUAUCAAGACAGAAAAGGUGAAAAUUUUGACAGUCAAACUCGAGAAUGCUGAGAAACAAGUUAAUGAUAUGGUAUUCGAGAAAACAGCUAUGCAAAACUAUACCUUGGACAUUGAUGGCAUGCUUUUGGAUAUCAUUGAGACUUGGGACUCAAUGAUUACAAUCACGGUGAGGAAACAUCUUACUGAGAAACUAAGGCAUGUCUUCGUCAUGCUUCAUCGAUUGGAGGGAAAAGAAGAACUUUUCACUGAAGAACCUAUUAUUAGCCACAGCGAAGACGAAGAGCCUGAUGAAAACGAGCUCAAAAGAAGAAAAGCACGUGAAGCUGAAAUGGAUGAGCAUCAAAGGAUAGUCCGUGAGGAUGAAGCAAAAGAGAAAGCAGAAAUAGAAGCUCGGGUCACACUUGAAAUCCGAAAGCUCUUAUUUACGGAGUUUCGCGACUUACGUUAA